UUAUCAAAUUCGCGCGCUCUGUUGACUGUUACUAUUACCCAAAGCAAAAACUUCAUCAAAAUCAAACACCUAUACCUAAAACGACGCAUUUAAAUGUUAAAUACAAUACUUCUACUUAUAACAUUACAAAAUGUCAAAACAAUAUAUAAAUAUUAACCAUAAAUAUGAUCGUAUUAUAGUUCUGGUGGACAUGGAUUGUUUUUACUGUCAAGUGGAGGAAAAAUUAAAUCCGCAGAUACGUGGAAAUCCCAUAGCAGUUGUGCAAUACAAUCCCUGGCAAGGGGGAGGAAUUAUAGCCGUUAAUUAUGCAGCUAGAGCUAAAGGGGUUACACGACAUAUGCGGGGCGAUGAAGCGAGGAAACAUUGUCCCGAAAUAGUGUUGAUGCAAGUACCGCAGAUUCGUGGCAAAGCAGACAUCAACAAAUAUCGUGAAGCUGGUAAAGAGGUGGCUGAUGUUUUAAAAACAUUCACUCCGUUACUCGAACGUGCAAGUGUAGAUGAAGCUUACAUGGAUAUCACCAAACUAGUUCUAUCUCGUCUUCGUGAUAUGAAUGAAGGAAAAUAUCAGAUAGUUCCAGAAAAACUUGCUGAUACUUUCGCUGUUGGUUACGACAGCAUUGGAGAUUUUGUAAAAAAGAUAUCUUAUGACCUUGAGGGACCUAACGAAGUUGAAGAGAUGGAGAAUGUAGAAGAGCAUGUUGUUAACAGGAAAAGCGAUAUAAAACUGCUUAUAGGAGCAUCAAUCGUAAAUGAAAUACGAACAGUUGUCAAAAAUAAAACUGGUUUUGAAUGCUCAGCUGGGAUAGCUCAUAACAAAAUUUUAGCCAAGCUUACAGCUGGAUUUCACAAACCAAAUAGACAGACUAUAUUACCUCUCAAAAGUAUUGCUAAGAUGUAUCAAACCUUACCAAUCAAGAAAAUAAAAGGUUUGGGUGGUAAGUUAGGAGAUCAAGUUUGUGAGGUUCUAAAGGUUCAGUACAUGUCAGAAUUAGCCAAAUUUCCGGAAAAACUGUUGCAGUGUAAUUUUGACGAGAGGAUUGGAUCAUGGAUGUUUUUGAUUGCAAAAGGUAUUGACUUAGAAGCCGUAACACCAAAAUUCAAUUCUAAAAGUAUCGGUUGCUGUAAGAGGUUUCCGGGAAAAAAUGCCAUUGGUGGAGUAGCCACAUUAAAGCAUUGGCUAAGUGAGUUGGCAGCUGAGAUUCAAGAGCGUCUUGAAAAAGAUAUGAACGAGAAUAACAGAAUAGCAAAGCAGAUAACGGUUUCAUAUACGCAGCAAGUAAAUGAUAAUGACGUUUCCAGCACCAGAAGUGUUCCACUAGUAGCCUACGAUGCUGAAAAAAUUACCACAGAUGCCUUAGAGACAAUAAGGAGAAAUUCCGUCACUUUCUUUAAAUCAGGAAGCAGUAGUGCUUUAAAUAACCCAAUUACAUUUCUGGGCAUUUCUGCUGGAAAAUUUGACUCCUUUCCUGGGAAGGGAAAUGGAUUGAAGGAAAUGUUUUCGAAUAUGUCUGGUAAAGUAGCCCAAGAGAAUCUGAAAGAACCCGAGAUGCCACCCGAACAAAAACAUGUAUUGAAAACUGACUCUCAAGGCGAUCCUAAAAAAUCUGGGAACACAAGUGUUUGUGAUACAGUUUUAAAUUCAAAUAUCACUAGUUUGAAUGAUUCAGUAAACAAAUCAAAAGUGCAGGUGCAAUUGCAACAAGUUUUUGAAAUUGAAGAAACCGUGAAUGAAUCCACUUACAGCUGUUUACCCUCAAGUUCGCGACCUGAACAAGUAAAUUAUGUUCCUUCUUCAUCUAGCAUCUCAGAAAUCAAACAUGUCAUCAGUAAAAUGAACGACAAAGGCAAAAUAUCUGACCUAAAUGAUCAAGUGGCACCCGUAGAUUAUCAUAAUACAUAUGCAGAGUAUUACCAAGCAGUAGCUUUGAUACAGUGUACGGAAUGCAAAACGAAUAUACCAGAAAACGAAAUGCAAUCACAUCGUGAUUUUCAUCUUGCAUUACAGCUAAGUCAAAAACAGCGUGAAGAUUUUCGUAAUGAACUUAAACAAAAAAAAAUAUUACCUGAGGUCAAGAGUAAAACCUCAACUACAGCGAAGCUGACUCAGUUCUUAAAACAGCAAGUUACCGGAAAUUCUAUUACACCAACAGAGCGAUGCACAGAAUGCGGAAAAUUUAUUCCUUGUGCGAACCUAUCAGAACACACUGAUUACCAUACUGCCAGAAAACUUCAGUUUGAGUUGAACCAAACGGAUAUGAAGAAAAUAGUUCCUAUCGGUCAACCAUGCCAACCCUCCAAUACCAUUAAACGUAAGCGUUCUAAAUCUAAGGAGCAAAAUCCACAGUUGUCCAAAAUUAAAAAUUUGACCUCAUAUUUCAACAAAAUACCGUAAGGUUGUAUGUUUUAAAAAUAAAAAGGUAUGUCAAAUAAAAUAAUGAAAUGAAUAAAAUUACGUUUGUUUAAAUUAAGCAUGUUGGCUUUUUGAAACUAUUUCAAAUAUGUCUGUAAAAGCAAAUAGAAAAUUAUAAUGCACGCGUCUAUUCAUUUUCUACUAUUGGCAAAAAAUAGUAAGACUUUGUUCAUAAUUUUUUUAUUCUUCCAAAUCUAUUUCGUCAUCAUCAGUUCAACCCUCCCAUUGCCUGACGGUAUUGCAAUCACUGCGGAUACAUUUGCUGCCCUCCACACAAAGAAGC